UGUGACGCGGUUCUCCCGGAGCAUCAUGGGAGUCGCGCUGUAAACACAAAGGAGGGUCGGUGAAGAGCUGCAGUCAUACAAUUUGAAGAAUGGAGUCUUAACUAUUCUCUUCACAGAAAAGAAGAAGAAGAAGAGUUUCCCACAGACAUGGAUAGUGGGCAUCCAGAAUCGUCUGCUCCCGAUGAAAAGCCCGUUAGCGGUCCGUCUUCACAACUAAAAGCUCCGAGUUCUGAGGGGAAGAAUGAGGAGGCGGCGGCAGCAAGUUCUCAGUCAGACACGACAGGACCUGCCAAAAGAAAAGAACCAUUAAAAAGGAAAGCGAUUCCUCUGAAAAAUGAGAAAAGCAAGAAGAAAAAGAAAAGUAAGAUCAGACAGCCUCCGAGACCCAGUUACACCGUGCAGCAUGGAGAGGACAUGCUCCUCAUUAUAUCCAACAUUAACCAGUUUGACAGUGUGUGGAAACCUAAAAGAAAGGGAUGCAAAAAGAAGAAAACCAAGACAAAGACAAAGAUCACUCCUGUUAAAAAGAAGAAAUGUCCUCCCAAACCAAAAGUCUCUAAAGCCAAAAAAGAAGAAGAAGAAGCUCCAGCUCCAGAUAUUCAUGUAGCUCAACUGGAGAACUCUGAAGCUGACUGGGGCCAAAAUCUUCCGGUGGAGGUUCUGGUUAAAAUCUUUGAGCUGGCUGUUCAGCAGGAUGGCGCUGUUCCUUUUCUGUGCAGGGUUGGCAGAGUUUGCCGUCUAUGGAAUUGUGCUGCAUCUUCACCAACCCUGUGGCGCAGUGUUUCCAUUGGCUACUGCUGGAUUGAACCUGGUAAGAGUCAGUUACCUGGAACUGAACAGAAGAUUAGGAACACAGUAGACUGGCUAGCACAAAACAGGUUCUCCCAACUGAGGGAUUUCUCGCUUUGUCACUGGAAAAAACAUGUUGAAUAUGUAAUUCAGACAGUUGCAGAAUCCUGCCCAAAUCUGCAGUCCCUGAAGCUGUCCUACUGCACGGGCGUGACUAAAGAGGCCUUUCAAAAUCUCGGCACUUCCUGUCCGUCUCUGGAGAGCAUUAAUGUGCAGCAUACAGAGUUUCAGGAUGAUGGGCUGGUCUCCUUCGUUGAGACGUAUGGAAAUCACCUUAAGCGAAUUUUUGUCACACGCAGCACAAAAAGUGACAAACUUCUCAAUGUUUUAUGUAGAGGUUGCUGUCCUGAACUCAGAGUAUUGGAGAUCAAUACGAAGUUAGAUAGUGGAUAUUGCCCUCUUCCUAUCUGUAUACAAGCUUUGCAGCUCGGCUGCCCCAAACUCCAGAUUUUUAGGUUGAUGAACGUUAGCCCUAUUCCGAAGAUGAUUCGCAACACUCCCAGCUCCACACCCGGCUUCCCCAUGCUGGAGGAGUUGUGUAUAGCCUCUUCUGCUCAUUCCUUCAUGACCGAUCACGACCUACACAACGUUCUUCACGGUUCCCCUCGCCUGCGGGUUCUGGACCUGCGAGGAUGCUCUCGCGUAACCGCCACAGGGCUUUACAACCUGCCAUGUGAAGAUCUGGAGUGUUUGUACUGGGGGUUGUAUUUUAAUAGUAAUGUCAUGGUGGCGUCCAACAAAGGACUUCACAUGCUCACUCAGAAAUGGAGUAAAACUUUACGCGAGUUGGAUCUGACCAAUCAGCCUUUCACAGAGGAGGACAUGGAGAUUGCAAUGGGGAGUCUGGCCCAUAAUCCUCAGGUAGAGUCCUUCCGCUCCCUGAAUCUCAGCGGGACCAGAAUCACCACACCUGCUCUCAGGUUACUAGUAGCCCAGGCUCCAGCUCUAAGCUACCUCAACCUGUCCUCCUGCCGUUAUCUCCCCAGAGGACUCAAACGGGUUUAUCGUGGCCCAGAGGACGUUCAACAAAUCCUGGACAAAUUGGACUAAUUUAAUGUGUAGUUUUCACAUAUUUUUAAUGGUUUAUAUUAAAACUGCAAUGCAUUUCUAUUUAAUUUUUUUGAAAUCUUUGAAUAAAUUGUCAUGUGUUGUAAUACUAAGUAGAUUUGUUAGAAUAUGAUAUGAUACCCAUUCAGCAGUAAUGUAAAAUAUGUUAAAAUAUAGUUCUGUUGUACUCCAGUACACAGACUAUAAUUUGUGUUGGGAAUAACAUUUGAUUAUGAUCUAAUAAUAAAAAGUAAUAAUAUGCCUGAAA